AUGCCUUCGGCCACCACCCCCGCUAACGGUGCCAAUGGCGCCAAGGCAGCCAGCGGCCUGUCUGCCAACGACAACAUCACACGCUUCUCUGCUCCCAGCCGUCCUUUGAGCCCCCUCCCCGAACACGCUCUGUUCAACGACAAGACCAGAUGCUUCGUCUACGGUCUGCAGCCCCGCGCCGUCCAGGGCAUGCUGGACUUCGACUUCAUCUGCAAGCGCAAGACCCCCUCCGUUGCCGGCAUCAUCUACACUUUCGGUGGCCAGUUCGUCAGCAAGAUGUACUGGGGAACCAGCGAGACCCUCCUUCCCGUCUACCAGGAGGUCCCCAAGGCCAUUGCCAAGCACCCCGACGUUGACGUCGUUGUCAACUUCGCCUCUUCCCGAAGUGUCUACAGCUCCACCAUGGAGCUGAUGGAGUUCCCUCAGAUCAAGACCAUUGCCAUCAUUGCUGAGGGUGUCCCUGAGCGCACGAUCCAGCGUGCUCGUGAGAUCGCCCACAAGGCUCAGCAGAAGGGCAUCACCAUCAUUGGCCCUGCCACUGUUGGUGGUAUCAAGCCUGGCUGCUUCAAGAUCGGUAACACCGGUGGUAUGAUGGACAACAUCGUUGCCUCCAAGCUUUACCGCAAGGGCUCCGUCGGUUACGUCUCCAAGUCCGGAGGUAUGUCCAACGAGCUCAACAACAUCAUCGCCAACAACACCGACGGUGUCUACGAGGGUGUCGCCAUUGGCGGUGACAGAUACCCCGGAACCACCUUCAUCGACCACUUGCUCAGAUACCAGGCCGACCCCGACUGCAAGAUUCUCGUCCUGCUCGGUGAGGUUGGUGGUGUUGAGGAGUACAAGGUCAUCAAGGCCGUCGAGGACGGUGUCAUCACCAAGCCCAUCGUCGCCUGGGCUAUUGGUACCUGCGCCAGCAUGUUCAAGACUGAGGUCCAGUUCGGUCACGCCGGUGCUUUCGCCAACUCCACCCUGGAGACGGCCAAGACCAAGAACGAGAAGAUGAAGGAGGCCGGCUUCUACGUCCCCGACACCUUUGAGGACAUGCCCCAGGUCCUCAAGGCUCUCUACGACAGCCUCGUCAAGAACGGCACCAUCAAGCCCCAGCCUGAGCCCGUCGUUCCCAAGAUCCCCAUCGACUACUCGUGGGCCCAGGAGCUCGGUCUCAUCCGUAAGCCCGCUGCCUUCAUCUCCACCAUUUCCGACGACCGUGGCCAGGAGCUCCUGUACGCUGGUAUGCCCAUCUCGGACGUUUUCAAGGAAGAGAUCGGCAUUGGCGGUGUCAUGUCUCUGCUGUGGUUCCGUCGCCGCCUGCCCCCCUACGCCUCCAAGUUCCUCGAGAUGGUUCUCAUGCUCACCGCUGACCACGGUCCCGCCGUGUCCGGUGCCAUGAACACCAUCAUCACCACCCGUGCCGGCAAGGACCUUAUCUCCUCGCUCGUCGCUGGUCUGUUGACCAUUGGUUCCCGCUUUGGUGGUGCCCUUGACGGCGCCGCCGAGGAGUUCACCAAGGCCUUCGACAAGGGUCUGAGCCCCCGUGAGUUCGUCGACAACAUGCGCAAGGCGAACAAGCUCAUCCCCGGUAUUGGCCACCGUGUCAAGUCCCGCAACAACCCCGAUCUCCGUGUCGAGCUCGUCAAGGAGUACGUCAAGGCCAAGUUCCCCAGCCACAAGCUGCUCGACUACGCCCUGGCCGUCGAGACUGUCACCACCUCCAAGAAGGAUAACCUUAUCCUCAACGUCGACGGCUGCAUCGCUGUCUGCUUUGUUGACCUCAUGCGCAACUGCGGCGCCUUCUCCUCUGAAGAGGCCGAGGACUACCUCAAGAUGGGUGUCCUCAACGGUCUGUUCGUCCUCGGCCGUUCCAUCGGUCUCAUUGCCCACUACCUCGACCAGAAGAGACUGCGCACUGGUCUGUACCGUCACCCGUGGGACGACAUUACCUACAUCCUCCCCCAGCUUGGCUCCGGCCCGCCAGGCGCCGAGGGCAGAGUGGAGGUUCAGAUGUAA